AUUGUUAAGAAAUCUCAGAUGGCGCGAUUCUUUAAAAACGUCAACAGACUUUGAUAUAUCAAGAUUAAUCUUCUAAAACGAGUGACAAUUGUAUAGAAAAUGCCCUUGUCUACUCAGUCUCAGACUGGAGGUGACAACUACGUCCUUGUAGCUAGUCUGGACAAUGUCCGGAAUCUGUCCAACAUCUUGAAAGCCAUCACCUUCAAAGAUCAUGCAAUUUUCAAUGCCACACCAAACGGGUUGAAAGUCACUGUGGAGGACUCUAAAUGUCUGCAAGCCAAUGCCUUCAUUCAGGCUGAGAUCUUCCAGGAGUUUACCAUCAGAGAGGACUCAGUGGGGUUUCAGGUCAACCUGACCGUUCUUCUGGACUGUCUCACCAUCUUUGGGGGAAGUACAGUACCAGGAGUGGCCACUGCCUUGCGGAUGUGCUACAACGGUUACGGCUACCCCCUGACCCUGUUCCUAGAGGAGGGUGGUGUGGUGACGGUGUGUAAGAUCAACACCCAGGAGCCAGAGGAGCCCAUAGACUUUGAGUUCUGCAGCACCAAUGUGACUAAUAAAGUCAUCCUGCAGUCAGAGAGUCUGAAGGAGGCCUUCUCUGAGCUGGACAUGACCAGUGAGGUCCUGCAGAUCACCAUGUCUCCCAGUCAGCCAUACUUUAGGUUGUCUACCUUUGGGAAUUCUGGGAAUGCCCAUUAUGAUUACCCAAAGGAUUCUGACAUGAUGGAGCUGUUUCAGUGCACAAAGACUCAGACUAACAGGUACAAGAUGUCUCUACUGAAGCCGUCCACCAAGGCCUUGGCUCUAUCCUGUAAGGUCUCGGUGAGGACAGAUGACCGAGGGUUCCUGUCUUUGCAGUACUUGGUUAGGAAUGAUGAUGGACAGAUCUGCUUUGUGGAAUACUACUGCUGUCCAGAUGAGGAAGUGGAAGAGGAGUAGAGAGAAUAGGAAUAUUUUUGGACAAGAAUAUGAGGCUCAAAUGUUUUAGAUGUUAUUCUAAAGCAAUAUUUGCUAUUUUUCACUUGGCCCUGUAAUUUGGAUUGUAUUCCGUGACUGCGUUAUUUGGAUUGAAUUCCGUGACUGUGUUAUUUGGAUUGUAUUCUGUGACUGUGUUAUUUGGAUUGUAUUCCGUGACUGUUAUUUGUAAAUAGUGUUGGCUCUGGUACAUGUUCAUUUUAAAGUGAAAAUAAUGAAUUGCU